UUUAAGGCUGGAAAAAAUAUGAUCAUUUUGAUGAUAGUAUUCUUCAUCCUCAACAUUCCACUUCUCAUGGCAAAUUCCGUUGAUCCCAGGUGCUUUUGGAAAAUAAAUUUGAAUGAAGUCAAGGAUAUAGAUUUGGAUACAAGUUGUUACUUCAUCCUUGAGGCAGGUCAGUUGCCUAUGGAGAAAGAUUAUUUCAACCAGACUCUGAAUGUCCUAAAAACAACCAAAUACCACAAAUAUGCAUUGGCAUUAGCCUUUACAGUGGAUGAAAUAAACAGAAAUCCUGAUCUUUUACCAAACAUGUCUUUGAUUAUAAAACAUACAUUGGGCAACUGUGAUGGAAAUAUCCCACGUCGCUUACUUAAUCAAAUAUUUCAUAUGCCUUUUCCUAAUUAUGUCUGUAAUGAAGAGACUAUGUGUUCAUUUAUGCUUAUGGGACCGAAAUUGUGGCCAUCUGUAGAUAUUUUCAUUCACUUGAACAUCUUAUUUCCUCAUUUCCUUCAGAUUUCCUACGGACCUUUUCAUUCCAUUUUCAGUGAUAAUGAACAAUUUCCUUAUAUCUAUCAGAUGACCCCAAAGGAUACAUCACUAGCAUUGGCAAUGGUCUCUUUCAUACUUUACUUCAACUGGAACUGGGUUGGUCUUGUCAUCUCAGAUAAUGAUGAAGGCAAUCAAUUUCUUACAGAGUUGAAAAAAGAGACCGAAAACACGGAAAUAUGCUUUGCCUUUGUGAACAUGAUGGCAAUCAAUGAGAAUUCAAUAUAUGGAAAAACUGAAAUGUACUACAAUCAAAUUGUGAUGUCAACCGCAAAUGUUAUUAUCAUUUAUGGGGAACGACCCAGUAUUAUUGAACUGUGUUUCAGAACAUGGACAUCUCCAGUCAUACAGAGGAUAUGGGUUACCAAAUCAGAGUUGUAUUUCCCAACAAGUAAGAGAGACUUUACUCAUGGAACAUUCUAUGGAACUCUAGCAUUUCAACAACACCAUGAUGCGAUUUCUGGAUUUAAAAAUUUUGUACACACAUGGUACCAUCUCAAAAGCAUGGAUUUAUAUUUAUUAAUGCCAGAGUGGAGUUUCUUUAAAUAUGAAUCCUCAGCAUCUUACUGUAAAAUACUGAUGAGUAAUUCAUCCAAUGUCUCAUUGGCAUGGCUAAUGGAACAGAAGUUUGACAUAGCCUUUAAUGACAAUAGUCAUAGUAUAUACAAUGCUGUGUACGCCAUGGCCCAUGCUCUCCAUGAAAAGAAUCUGCAACAAAUUGAUAAUCAGGAAAUCAGCUAUGGCAAAAGAGCAAGUACUCACUGCUUGAAGUUACACUCAUUUUUGAGAAAGAUCCACUUCACCAAUCCUUUUGGGGAGAGAGUGAUUAUGAAAGAGAGAGUAAGAGUGCAGGAAGACUAUGACAUUGUUCACAUGCAGAAUUGCUCACAACACCUUAGGAUUAAGGUGAAGAUAGGGCAGUUCAGCCCAUAUUUUCCACAUGGUGGACAAUUUCACUUAUAUGAAGACAUGAUUGAUUUGGCCACAGGAAGUAGAAAGAUGCCUUCAUCUAUGUGUAGUGCAGAUUGUCGUCCUGGAUACAGAAAAUUCUGGAAGGAGGGAAUGGCAGCCUGCUGUUUUGUUUGUAGUCCCUGUCCAGAAAAUGAAAUUUCUAAUGAAACAACUGUGGUACUUUGGGUCUUUGUGAAGCACCAUGACACUCCUAUUGUGAAGGCCAAUAACAGAAUCCUCAGCUACAUAUUAAUCAUGUCACUCAUGUUCUGUUUUCUGUGCUCCUUUUUCUUCAUUGGCCAUCCUAACAGAGGUACCUGUAUCUUACAGCAAAUCACAUUUGGAAUUGUAUUCACUGUGGCUGUUUCCACAGUUCUGGCCAAAACAAUCACUGUGCUUCUGGCUUUUCAAGUCACAGACACAGGAAGAAAGUUAAGAAACUUCCUGGUAUCGGGGACACCCAACUACAUUAUUCCCAUAUGUUCCCUGUUGCAAUGCACUCUCUGUGCAAUUUGGCUAUCAGUUUCUCCACCAUUUGUUGAUAUUGAUGAACAUUCUGAGCAUGGUCACAUCAUAAUUGUGUGCAACAAGGGAUCUGUUAUGGCAUUCUACUGUGUCCUGGGAUAUUUGGCCUUACUGGCCCUUGGAAGUUUCAUGAUGGCUUUCUUGGCAAAGAAUCUGCCUGACACAUUCAAUGAAGCCAAGUUCUUGACCUUCAGCAUGCUAGUGUUCUGCAGUGUCUGGAUCACGUUCCUUCCUGUCUACCAUAGCACCAAGGGCAGAGUCAUGGUUGCUGUUGAAAUUUUCUCCAUUUUGACAUCCAGUGCAGGGAUGCUUGGCUGCAUCUUUGCACCCAAAAUUUACAUCAUUUUAAUGAAACCAGAGAGAAAUUCUAUCCAAAAGUUCAGGGAGAAAUCACGUUUCUGAACAGAUAUUUUAGAAAUUCUGUCAAAUGUACAGUUGUUAUAUACCCACCAAAUAUUUGGUUACAGUGCAUAAAUCUGGUUUUAGAACUCUCACUAGUUCCUCUAAUGUUAUCUAGAAAUAUCGUAUCUAACAAUCUUACAUACAUUAUCCAUAAAAUCUUGCACUCAUUCCCUUGUUUAUUCUCCUCUGUGAGAAAUAUAAUUCCCAAUUUAGUAUUAAAAUUUUUCUAAACAUUUUGCUUUAAUUGACAUUUUCUCCCUUAUAACUUCAAGUACAUUUGAUAAGGCAUUUGAAUCUAUAACCUUUUAUACAAUAAGAUCCAGGACAGACAGGAUUACACAUAGAAACUGUCUAUCGAAUCAAACAAUCAAUCAGACUAAAAAACAAAGAAUCAACAAAGAUAACAUCAGAAUACAUUAUCUGAUUUCCAAUAGAAGCACAUAUGUGACAGAAUAUGUCUGUUUUUAUAGUUCCUCUUCAAGCUAUUGUAUUGGUCAAUAGUCUAAGGUAGAAGUUUUUUUUGUCUCAAACACAAAAAUAUUGUAUCCAACAAUGGACAGAAUCCAGUGAGCACCCUGUUCAAAUUUGGAAAUAGUUGGAAUAUCAUGAGAAAGAGGGUGACCCAUAAGAAUACCAGCAUUCUCAACUAACCUGGACAACCACGAAUUUUCAGAUGCUGAGCCGCUAACCAGGCAUCAUACAUCAGCUGAUAUGAGGCCCCCAGCACAGAUGCAACAUAGGGCUGCCUGGUCUGGCCUCAGUGGAAGAAGACACAUUUAAACCCCAAGAGACAGGACUCACAAGGGAUUGGGAAGGUGUGAUGGUUUGCAUAUGCUUGGCUCAGGAAGUGGCACUAUUAGAAGGUGUGGACUUGAUGGAGGAAGUGUGUCACUGUGGGGGUGGGCUUGGAGUACCUCCUCCUAGCUGCCUGGGGAUGCUCAGUCUGUUUCUGGCUUCCUUCAGGUGAAGAUAUAGAACUCAGAUCCUCCUUCACCAAGCCUGCCUGGAUGCUGUGAUGCUGCCAUGCUCCCACCUUGAUGAUAAUGGGCUGAACCUCUGAACAUGUAAUCUGGCUCCAAUUAAAUGUUGUCCUUUAUAAAACUUACAUUGAUCACAGUGUCUGUACAUAGCAAUAAUACCCAAACUAAGACAGAAGGUGUGUGGAUUGGGGAAGUGGGGAUUUCCUCUUGGAUGUGGGGAAGUAGUCAAAGAUUAAAUUGGGAAGGGGAUAAUGAGUACACUGUAAAAAGUAUUAAAAAAUAAAAUACUAAAAAAUUAAAUAAAUAGGAUUGUGAAUAUAUUAACAUGCUAUUAUAUUAUAGUUCUGGAAGGGAUAGGUAAAACUCCUGAUGGUGGUUUGUACCUAAUUUUUCUUAGAGCUUGCCCUUUGUAUUCAGUUGUGAUUGAAUUCCUGGACUCACAAAAUUCUAGUACUAUGGAUAUGGAGGCAGAUGCUUUGAUUACGCUGCUUCCUAGAAAAUAAAUUUUCCAAAAAC